AUGGGGCUUGAAGACGCCAAGAGAUUGGUUCUCGAGAACGGAGAGCUCAAAGAUUUCUUCAAGAUUGGAAGCAAGGCAAGCUUGGGGAUUCUGUUGGGCAAUGGAAAGGAAAGAAGAACAAACGAAAUCUUGGGAGUGACUCCCGGAUCGACUGCGUACGGGCGACUUUUCCCAGGUGACAUAAUUGAGGAGAUCAACGGCAUCAGAGUUGCAAGUCAAGAAGUCAUUGCAAGGCUACAGCAAGCUAACUUCACUGGGGCCAAAGUUCAUCUCAAGAUCAUCCGACAAGGGCAUCCGAUUGUUGUCGAGAUCGUCAGGCAGGAUGUUUCAAGGAUCGGAGCUGUGGAUCAAAUGCUGCAGAUGAUUCAUGGAUUGAGAGAAGCUUCACGAAGGCCCGGGUUCGACCUUCAGGGUCAGUUGAACGUCCUCGCUCAUCAGUUCCAAGAUUUUUGCAUCAGAACUGCUUUUGCUGAAGCAGAAGUUGCAGCGCGCAUUCGUCGUGUGCAAGAAGAGAUUUUGAAAGGCUCUAAUGAGCCAAAAGCUGCUCAGGCUCCCAGCGUCGCAGCACCUAGUGUCAAAGAGAGCAACCAGAUGAGUCAACGAGUUUCCCAGCUGGAGGCUGAGCUGAAGAAGGCAAACGACCAGCUGAAGCAAAAGGAGGGAGAUCUCCAGAAAGCCAAGAGUGACCUUGAGAGCUCAACACAGAGAUCAAAGCAAGACAAAACUGCACAUGAAUCGAUGAUGUUGGAGGUGAAGCAGCUGAGAGAUCUCAACGAUAAGCUGAAGCAAGAAAACUCGAGCCUGAAAUCAGAUGUCACUGCUCUGAACUCGAAGCUGCAAAAGUCGACCGAGUCCCAGCCGAACAAGACACCAGAAAAUGGGGAGAAACACGCAACUGACGGAGCCGACGCAGAGGAAGAUGACCACAAGAAUCAGAACAAACUAGAAGCUUCGAAGAAGCUGGCGAAGACACUAAUGGAGAAGGUAAAGACUCUAGAAAAUCAGAUGUCUCAGAUGGUUUCAAAGGAAACCUACGAUGAAGCUAAAGCUAAGAUUGACGAUCUGACGCAAAAACUUUCCAAGAAGACGAAACAAACCAAAUAG